AUGGACCAGACCACACACCAGUCGGCGUUCGGACAGCUUGUCACCGGUCCGCCCGGUGCUGGCAAGACGACCUACUGUCAUGGCAUGUCCCAGUUCCUCACCGCGCUCGGGCGCCCCGUCGCGAUCAUUAACCUCGACCCGGCCGUUCCCAACCCACCAUACCCAUGUGCGCUGUCCAUCACCGACCUCAUCACCCUCGACCAGGUGCAGGAGGAGUAUGGCCUGGGCCCCAACGGUGCCAUGCUGUACUGUAUCGAGUACCUCGAGGCCAACUUUGACUGGCUCGUCGAGGGUCUCGACAGCGUCCUCGAAGCCCAGGGCGGCAACGGCUAUGUCAUCUUUGACACGCCCGGCCAGGCCGAGCUGUGGACCAACCACGACAGCUUGAAGCGCAUCUUCCAGCGCCUCGGCAAGCUCGACUACAGGCUCGCAGCCGUGCACCUGACGGACGCGCACUCCAUCUCCGAUGCGUCCAAGUACAUCUCGGCGGUGCUCCUCGCCCUCCGCGCCAUGCUCCAGCUCGAGCUGCCCCACAUCAAUAUCCUGAGCAAGAUUGACACGAUCGGCGGCAUGGGCGAGCUGCCCUUCAACCUCGACUACUACACCGAAGUGCAGGACUUGGGAUACCUCUUGCAGACGCUCAACGACGAGCCGCGCGCCAAGAAAUUCCGCAAGCUCAACGCAGCCAUGUGCGAGCUCAUCGAGGAGUUUAGUCUGGUCGGGUUCGAGACCUUGGCCGUGGAGGACAAGGCAUCCAUGAUGAAGAUUGUGCGCCUCGUCGACAAGGUCACGGGAUACAUCUUCAUGCCGUCCGGGUCCGGCACCAACGAGGAGAACCUGCACGCGCUCUUCUCUUCAGCGUCGGGCCUCAUGCCCGGCGACCCGUAUCCGGACGUCCUGGAUGUGCAGGAGCGCUGGGCCGACCGGCGCGAGGAGUACGACAAGAAGCAGGACGAGGACUGGGAGCGCGAGUGGGCCAUGCGCAAGCAGGCCGAGGCGAUGACCAAGGCCGCCGAGGGCCGUGCUGGCGGAGCUGACGGUGUGGCGCCAGCUGGAGGAGAUGGGAUGGAGGGACUGGAGCGUACCCCCGCGGGUACGAGUGCAUGA